CCACGUAGAGCAAGGCAAAUAGCGGAAAAUUAAUUAGCAGCUCUAAUUCGACGGUGGAUACGCCGAUGUGACAGUGUAUAAAUAUAACACCGGUUGGAAAAGUGUGAAUAAUUUGAUAAUUAUGUUACUCGUGAAACUUUUCCUCUUUUCUUUUCUUUGCUACACAGCAUUUUCAAAGGAGGAAGAUGUUAUAGAUCUUGGAGACGGCGACUUUUCCAGCAAACUUGCCGAACAUGAAACUGCACUUGUCAUGUUUUAUGCGCCUUGGUGCGGACAUUGCAAAAGAUUGAAACCGGAAUACGCUAAGGCAGCAGAAGAACUUGUCAGAAACGAUCCACCAAUCACCCUUUUCAAAGUUGAUUGUACUGAAGCUGGUAAAGAAACAUGUAACAAGAACAGCGUAAACGGGUAUCCUACGCUGAAAAUUUUCAGAAAUGGCGAAUUUUCACAAGAGUAUAAUGGACCUAGAGAAGCAUCAGGAAUUGUCAAAUAUAUGAAAGCUCAAGUUGGUCCCAGUUCGAAAGAAUUGAAGACUGUUGAAGAAUUGGAGAAGUUCUUGAAAUCUGAAAAUGAUGUGUCUAUUGUUGGUUUCUUUGAAAAAGAAUCGGAACUCAAAACAGCCUUCUUGAAAACAGCAGACAAACUGAGAGAAUCUGUUCGUUUUGCACACUCUUCUUAUAAAGAAGUCUUGGACAAACAAGGCUUGAAGGAUAAUGUUGUUCUUUUCCGACCGGAAAUUUUGAAGAACAAAUUUGAAGAUAACCAAGUUGUUUACUCUGGAAAUGCAGAUUCUGGUUCCAUCAAGGAUUUCAUCACUAAAAACUAUCAUGGUCUCUGUGGACACCGUAAAUCUGAUAAUAGACAAGAUUUCAAAAACCCCUUAGUUGUUGCCUAUUAUGCUGUCGAUUAUGUGAAAAACCCCAAGGGAACCAACUACUGGAGAAACAGAAUCCUCAAAGUAGCAAAGGAAUUCAAAGACCAAAUCACCUUCGCAAUCAGUUCCAAGGAUGAACUCACACAAGAAUUGAAUGAAUACGGCGUUGAUUUCAUCAAGCAUGAUAAACCAAGGGUAUUUGCCAGGGAUGAGAAGAACCAGAAGUUCGUUAUGGAAGAUGUUUUCUCAGUUGAAGCUUUGGAACUUUUCGUCCAAGAUCUUUUGGAUGAUAAAUUAUCACCUUACGUCAAAUCAGAACCCAUUCCUGAAAGUAAUGAAGAACCAGUCAAGGUUGCUGUUGCCAAGAACUUCGAAGAACUUGUGCUCAAGAACAAUAAAGACACACUUAUUGAAUUUUAUGCACCCUGGUGUGGACAUUGCAAAAAACUAGCCCCAGUCUAUGAUGAACUUGCACUCAAGCUUAAAGAUGAAGAUGUUUCCAUUGUUAAAAUGGAUGCUACAGCCAAUGAUGUACCUCCCUCUUUUGAUGUAAGGGGUUUCCCAACAUUGUUCUGGUUACCAAAAGACUCUAAAGACAAACCUGUGAGAUAUGAUGGUGGCCGUGAAUUAGAUGACUUCGUCAAUUACAUUGCUAAGCAUGCCACCAAUGAAUUGAAAGGUUACGAUCGGGCAGGAAAGCCUAAAGCAGAUAAGACUGAACUAUAAGAAAUCAAUUGUGAAUUAUAGUUUUAUGUAAUAUUUAAUUUCAUUGUCAUCAUUUUAAAAUGUUUUGUUCCAAAUGGUGAGAUUUAGAAUUGAUAUUUUGAUUUUAUCAAGAGUUUUACAUGUUCAUGUAGAGCUGAAUUAUUGCAAUUGAGUGCAACUUGAGGUUGUUGGAACAUUUUAAGACAUUCAUUCAUGCUGAAUUGUAAUGCUUAGUUUCUUUGAGUUCGUAUUUUUGUUACAAGAGAUUUUGGAAAAAAAAUAAUAAGAAACAA